UCUCUCUCUAUAUAUAUAUCUCUCCUAAACAAUUCAACAACACAGAAGUAACAACAGACCAUUAAAAACACAAAACAAGGAAAGCCAGCCAAGUUCCGCGUUUCUUCUUAAAAUUCUCGCGUGUCAACCUUAUCUGUGGUGUGCUCCAUUUGUAUUGGAGCUCCUAUAUAACCAACUUUCCUGACCCAUCGUUUUCUUCAAUUCAAUCCUUAACUUCAAUUUAUUUCUCUGUCUUUAAUUAUUAUCCUAUCGAUGGCGUUCAGGAAAACCCUUGCUCAACGGCUCCUUAACAUCACCAAAGUGUCAUCACAAGCGCUCACCAAUUGUCGGAUUUCCUCUUCCUCCGUCAUCGGAAGGCUUUCACCGCGGGCCGACGAGCCCGUUGAUCCCGGAGAAAAUGGCCUCUUCCGUGCGCCGCAACUCGCCGGAAACCUCCUCGACAGGCUCAGGACGAUGGGUAUUGCCCACAACCGGAUCCGGUUGGAUGGGUUGACGCCGCCUCCGCCGAUGGAAAUGGUGGACACAGUCACCGUCAAGGACGCGAGAAAAUUGCUAAAGGUGGCGCAGGUGGAGAUGGUGAAAGCGAAGCUGAGAGAGACCCGAAAGAGUUGCAUAACGUUCUCGGAGUUCAUUGGGAUCUGCGAUGAGCAUUGCUCGGAUCAGGAUCAAGCGGUGGAGAUUGCAAAGAUGUUGGACAAUUCCGCGGCUGUGAUUGUGUUGGGAGAUGUCGUGUUUCUCAGACCCGAACAGGUAGCAAAAGCCAUCCAAGGUCUUCUCCCUGUACCAGGAGCCAAGGCGCACGAGUCGGUAAGAAGAGAAUUCGAAGUAAUGGAGAAAAAGAAGUCAGCCAUUGACAAGAAAGCAGACACCAUGGUUCGGCGUGAGCUCUGGGGAGGGUUAGGUUUUAUGAUGGUGCAAACAAUGGCAUUCAUGAGGCUUACGUUUUGGGAACUCUCCUGGGAUGUGAUGGAACCCAUAUGCUUCUAUUUGACCUCAAUGUACUGCAUGGCAGGCUACACCUUCUUCCUAAGGACCUCAAAAGAACCUUCCUUUGAAGGCUUCUACCAAGUCCGUUUCAGCUCCAAGCAGAAGCACCUCAUGAAGCUUCACAAUUUUGACAUUGAAAAGUAUAAUCAACUCAGGGCUGCUUGCUCUCCCACCACCAUGCCUCCAAAGUUUGAUCCCUCCAUUGCUCUCCCAUUUGACAAUUCUUCCAUUCAUCAAUGAUAUUGAAGGUGGUGUGGUGAUUGGCCUAAUAUGAAAAUAAAGAUGAUAUGGAAGGCCCUCAAUAACAUUAAUCAUUUUUCAUUCACUUCAGAAUACAGCACAUUGCUGUCUCCUUCGGCAAAUUUGGGGUUACAAUCCCCUCCACCGAUUCAUCCCCUUAAUGGUGUGUUAGAAUUAGAUGCGGCUUUAUGUAGAACAGAUGCUGAGUGUUCUUUUCGAUUUUCCUUUAAAUGUCUUUUUUGAGAAUGACAAAAUGUCAAACUCUCUUCAUCAAACUUUUUCUUCACCUGCA